AUUUGUUGUAUGCAUUAUGCAUCAGUCCUGACAGCCACGCCUUCGCUAUUAGAACUUCAUAUAUAAGGUCCGUUCGCACCAUCAGAAGUCAGUCUACGGGAGGAAACUAGCCCAGAUAUGGCAGCAAAGUUGGCAAUCGUGUUCGCUUUGGCAACGGUGGCCCACAGCUCAGUGCUUCCAUUGGAUCACGCUGAUGUGCGUGUUGUGGAACCUGUCGCUCGUUCGGAUGAUGUGACAAGCUUCUCCUACGAUGUCGCCGACCCUUACACUGGCGACUUCAAGAGUCAAUCAGAGACGCGUGUCGGAGGUGCAGUGCAAGGACAGUAUUCUCUGCUAGAUGCUGACGGCACGAGACGAACAGUUGACUAUGCCGCUGAUGACCUCAAUGGAUUCAACGCUGUCGUGAGGAAAGAUGCAGUUGGUCUAGCUGCUCCAGUAUUGGCUGAACGUACUGUUGUUAAACCAGCUUUGGCCCGCACUGUGGCUGCUCCAUUAGUGUCUGCUGUCCCUAAUGUCUUGAACACUGGCAUUGUAUCUUCCCGUGCUGUUCUCCCACCAGUCUACGCCGCCUCAGCUCCUCUUGUAUCUCAAACAGUUCUUAACGCACCGCUUGUUACACGUAACUACGCAGCCCCAGUUUUAACUGGUGCUAAUUUACUCGAUGGACGUACCAUUGUUGGUUCCAAUCUUCUUAGCUCACGCACUUUAGCUAGACCUGUCUUAACUGGUGCUCCUUUAGUUACUUCUGGCGCUUUAACUGCCCCUUCUGUUUAUAAUGCACCUUUAUUAACUCGCACGGUUGCCACCCCAUCAGUUGUUACUGCUCCUCUUGUAACUCGCACUUUAACUCCUCAAGUAUACGCUGCGUCCGCUCCAUUAGUUACUGGUGGUUAUACUAUAGGUCAAGAUUUGCAAGCUACACGGACUCUAUCCGCACCUCUGUUAACAGGCACGACUGUCCUAGGAGGACAGGCUCUUCUCCCUGGCUCUGCUUUGGUUGGGAGACAAACUCUUCUACCUAAUACCCUUUCAAGUCGCUUGGUAACGGGCGGUGAAGUGGUGCGCUCUCUUUCUGGCUGGUAAAAGAGGAAAUCUUUAAUAUUAUUCAACUUAAACCCAACGACUACGAUGUGUUCAAAAUGUAAAUAAUGUUUGCGUAUACAUACGAAAUAUAAAGUGAUACAUACUCAAUUA